GGACGCGGACUCGGCAGUGGUGGCUAGAAGCGGCGCGGGAAGGACCUGUGCGUCUUUCACGUAGCGGCUGUGGGCGCCGGUGAACGGAGUGAGCUGCUCUUCGUUAUCGACUCGCUGUCGGGAAGGCGUUUCUUGGUGGACUCCGGCUCUCAAGUCAGUUUGCUUCCCCCGUACACACGGACAAGGCGGCCCGGGGCGGCGGGCCUCUAUUAAGUGCCGCGAAUGGCUCAUCCAUCAACACGUUUGGCACUGUUUGUUCCCAUGGGUCGUUUGCCACAUUUCCAUGCAAGACAGGGGGAUUUGGACCCUUGACACAGGCUAACUUUUUGACGUCGGGUGACGUUUUUCAGCGUCUGUUGGCGGAAUUUCCGGCCUUGAUCACACCAUCUUUUUCUACCGCGGAUACCUUACAUCAGGGGUGUCCAAACUUUUUGCAAAGAGGGCCAGAUUUGGUGUCAGAAUGUACUGUCUGCCAGGCGGCUCAGCAUACCAUAAAGCAGAAUGUCCAACAUACUCUCAUAAAGACCCUCAAUAACAAGAUGUCUCCUUGAAUAGUCUGACUCUGCAUUUCUGAACAGACCCUCAAUAACAGGAUGUCUCCUUGAAUAGUCUGUGUCUGCAUUUUCAACAUUCUGUGUCUGCAUUUUCAAGAUAUGCUUGUAGUAAAACCCGGCCUCCAUUGUAAUGGGCCACGCCUAACUCUUAAAUAAAAGGACGGAGAGCAGAGACUGUUUUCAGAGUGCGUUGGGGAUUUGUUACUGAACAGUCUCUGAUCCACUCUCCUUGCAAGCUUAAUACUCACGUCUUUGUGUCUUCUUUUACAGUUGGUGAUAAUGUUUUGGGCUUAACCCUAACAUUAACUUGGUCCUUCGAGCCGGAUUCCAACAUACCUGACGAUUCCAGCGGGGGAGAGAGAUCCAGGCAAGUCUGUGGCCACAGCGAAAUAUACCCUUUCCGGGACUGGUUCCUCCCUCUCGGGCUGGGAUCUGAAGGUUGACGGAGAUCCAGGAACACGGAGACGUGUGAGUAAAUAUUUCACUUAAAAAGGGAAUGUGUGAAAAGUGAAAUAGAAUACCGGUAUUCAAGGGGUGACAAGUUAGGCGAUAAGGUAUAAAAACCCUGACAAUUCUAGACUCUAUCAGGUAAAAGUAAAGACCAGUUAAAGUCCGCGCGAGGGCAGACUCGCCUGUUGAAAAGGAUACAGUUAAAUUCUGCAAGGGCGGCGGCGUCCUCUGGCAUAAAGGAAAACGCGUUAAAAGGUGUAUGCUGGCAAAAGGAAAACGCGUUAAAAGGUGUAUGAAUAAGUAUAUGUGAGUGUGAUUGGGAGUAAGAAAACCACUAGGUGUUGAACUCCAUACCAAACAGUGAGAUUGUAAGUGGUGACUUGUUGUGGAUGCAAAGGCAAGAAUUGUCCGCCCUCACUGGGGUAGAAGUUUGACAAUUACCACAAUAAGGCAUCGAUCACCACCUCACUAAGAACAUCCCCAACUAUUAGGACUCCCUAGGAGCACUCGUCAUAGUUGGGACCAAAUUGCCAAAAUGGGAAAAGGGCAAGGUAAACAACGUAAAAAAGUAAUAGACAGUCUAGAAUGCAAAGAUUGGAUAAUGGUAGAAAAACAGGAUCCAGAUGCGUUAAAACCAUUACCGUAUUGGAUAAAACAAUACGAUUUUAAUGGCAAACUGUCUACGGCAGGAAUAAAAGACUUACAGCAAAAAAUCAGAAACAAAACUAACUGUAAGGAAAAACAAAUGAAUAGAGAAGGCAUUCAGCAUACUUACGUAUGGAUGAAAAUAGCAGGACAGAGAGAGACAGGAAAAAAGAAUAGACAAAAAGAGUACAGGGUGGCAGAAAAAUAGGAAAAAAAAAUCCAACAGGAUACCCAACAGUACCUGUUGUACCGCGGAUGUGAUAUCACAAAAACAAACAAAAAAAAUAGUAAUAAAAAAUAAAUAAAAAUAAUAAAAAACUCAGCACAGGUGAGCAUGUGACCUGUUGUGCCGAAAAGACAAUCUAGAAAAGAAAAAUAAUCCGUAGAGCAGGCUCUACGCCGUGUCUCACCAGGCACGAAGAGAAAACAAAAAAAUGGCUUAUGGUAUACCACUUUAAUCGUAAAUAUUAGUGUAUGUGUGUCUGUUAGUUAUUGGUGCCCUUCCUGUCUCACGCAGGACACACCCCUUUUGCUUCAAAAUGAAUUAAGAAGUAAAAAUUACUUAAGGGCCAAUAUUAGUUAUAUAUAACACCAAAAUAUUUGUGUUUGGGCAUAUCAGCACUACCUGGGAGCCCUUUACUUUUUUUUGAGUAGAAUAUUUUUGAUGUCAAUGAUUCCGUUCUUCAUGUGUCUUUUCCUAAAAGAGACAAUGAUGAAUGGAAGACUGUGGGCCUUUUUGUAAAUGCAUGCUAUUUUACAUUUGAUUGAAAAUGCAAAAACUAGACACCUUCAAUGCGGAAGACAUUUAAAAGUAUUUUCAGGAUAGUGGACCUAAUGGAGGAAGAGGAAUAUAUGUAUAUAGAGACCGAAGUCAAGGGCAUGGCCGAGGAGACAUUUACAAGAUAAAAUAGAGUGACAAUAUUUAUUAACCGGUGAAGAGGAGGAGUACUUAAACGGUAUUCCCGAAACACUAUGGUCAAAAGGACCAUCGGACGUAGGAUUAAUUAAGGGAACAUUACCAGUACAGAUUAGAGCAAAAACUGAACACAGACCUUGUGUGCGUCAAUACCUGUUGAAACCAGAUGCAUAUGAAGGAAUAAAACCUGUGAUUGUUGAAUUUAUAACAGCUAAAAUAAUAAUUGAAUGCCCAGAUUCACCGUGUAAUACACCCAUUUUUCCGGUUAAAAAGACUCCCCCUUCUGUUGGUUGGAGGUUGGUACAGGAUCUAAAAGAAGUAAAUAAUGCAGUAAUUCAGAGGGUGCCAUUUGUACCUGACCCACAUACUCUUUUGAAUUCUUUAAGGUCAGACGCUACAUACUUUAUGGUAGUAGACAUUAGUAAUGCAUUCUUUUCAGUUCCAGUAGAUAAAGACAGUCAAUUUUGGUUCGCUUUCUCUUUUAGAGGGAAGCGAUAUACAUUAUUGUCACAACCGCAUAUACAACUCGAGAGAUGCACUACCCUCAACCCAGCUACUUUGAUUCCACUUCCUGAUGACGGACUUCAGCAUAGUUGUCAGGAAUUGGCUGAACAGUCUGCUAAAUGUAGGACAGAUCUGAUUAACAUACCUUUACCUGAUGGAGAAGUGUUAUUUGUUGACGGAUCAUCAAAAAGAAAUGAACGAGGUAAAGCAUUGACAGGUUAUGCAGUCGUCACUUUAACAUCAGUGCUAAAAGCAUCUCAGUUGCCCAGCAAUUAUUCUGCACAAGCAGCAGAAUUAGUAGCCCUGACUGAGGCCUGUAAAUUGAUGAAGAAUAAAGGGCAACUAUUUACACAGGCAGACAAUGGACACAAUGUUUAGACUUGGUUAAAUUGCACAUCAACAUAACCAGUACCAACGGGUUAACACCUUAUGAAAUCAUGUUUGGACGACCUUAUAGAUUACCAUAUUUUAAAAAUGAUUGGGAAACAAAUGAAGAUAGUAAUCUAGCGGAUUACAUGAGAAAAAUGUUGCAAAGUGUUGGCCAAAUAGACAAACCAAACAAUGAUGAGCAAACGUCAUCCAUUUCUCCAUAGGAGGACCAACUGGUAGAACCAGGAGAUUGGGUACUGAUUAAAAGCAUCAAGAAGAAGCAUUGGUACUCACCAAAGUGGGAAGGACCUUAUCAAGUCUUAUUAACCACACCGACAGCUGUAAAAAUAGCAGAACGUAAUACUUGGAUUCAUUUGAUUCAUUGCAAAAAGAUUUUAAAUCAUGAUUAAAUUAACUGCUUCUAUUGUGAUUUUUAGUGUAGGGGUACUUAUGUGCGUUAUCACCAUAGCAUUGUGGUACUUAUUGUAAAUAAGAUAAAUAAAAGAUAACAGAAAAGGGCUUGUUGGAAGGGUCUCAGGGUUUCCUACCGUCCUGCAAGGUAAAGUCCGACUACAAAGGGGGCUGCACUUUUAGUGUGUAGUCGUCUCAAACCCGGUGAAGAUUGUCCACAGCCUUGUAGGACUUUAGGGGAAACCAGGGGAUACCUGAAAACAUGGCUCAAGUUAAAAUGAAAUCAGGAGUAACGAUAAUAUUAACAACGGCACUUGGACUAAUUAUUAUCGGAAUUAGCCUGUUACUUCAUGAGCAGUUACAAAUACAACAGCCUGGCAAACGAUACUCUGAGCUAAACAUGAAACAAAAUCUCACGGACCCUGCCUGUGGUCAACAUCAGCAUGUCAGUCUACUCAGAGUAUGCAUUCCACAAAAUAAAACCACAGUAAUCACCCUAACUGUUAAUCAAUUGCGUCACAAGGGAGUAUACGCUACACCAGAUAAAAAUCCUUGGUAUAUGAUUAAUGAUAGAGAAGGGAGUUGGGAGACUUUAGUGGCAGACCCCCCGGGUUAUAAUUGGACAUCAUAUACUACGACCAGAUAUGCUAAACAUCAAAGGCCACUUAUGUCACUUAUCGAAAAGAACAAUGGCAGAACCUUAAUUUUAACCGUAAAUCUGAAGUCAGGAAAACUCUUAGACCCAGAUCCGCCCCAAAAUACUUCGUGUGUGUGGCUUGGAUGUACCUGUUGGGAAUUUUUGUUGUGUCAAUGGAGAACAGGAUAUGAUACAUGUUACCCAAUCCAGUUAUGUCAAACGUUUACGGCCAAUCUAAAGAAACCGGAAUUAACUAAAGCAACGAGUAGAGCAGGGGUUACAGUGCUUCAAACUACUGAUGAUUGGUUCCAAGUAUUUACUGGAGUUUCUGGUCAAAGCAACAACUGGCUACUCAUGGCAGAACAAGCUGCAAACACCACAGGCCAGGACUGUGUGGUUUGCAUGGGACCAAGACCGCUACUGCAAAUAGUUCCCUCUGUUCUGAACAAAGAUUGUCUCGUGCAGGUUAUGACCAAGACCAACCCUACAGGAAGUUGUACCAUGUAUGAUAGAGUGUUUCCCCUUACAGGUCCAGAGAAGAAGAAACCACUGUUUUCCAGUCAAGUUGCAAUGGGUAAUUUCACGUGUAUCCACAGAACUGGAACCGGCACAAUAUUGGGUUCAUUGAACGCUUCUCAAUGUGCUGAAACUGAAACUGUUGAUGAACAUUUUACACCCUUAUCACAUAGUGACAUAUGGUGGUGGUGUGGAGAUAAUGCUAUCUAUGAUAAGUUACCCUUCAAUACCACAGGUUAUUGUGCAUCAGUUACCUUGAUCUUACCUGUUCAAAUAUUUCAGAUAACAGCGGGAGAAUUAUUGACUACAUUUGAUACUAUACUUCCACACUUAUGGACUAGGACUAAAAGAAGCUUGGGAUGGAGUGAAAAUGAUCCAACAUAUAUAGACGCUAUAGGCGUUCCGCGAGGUGUUCCUGAUGACUACAAGCUGGGUAAUCAAAUAGCAGCAGGAUUUGAAUCUUUGAUUUGUUGGUGGUGCACGAUUAAUAAAAAUGUAGAUAGAAUCAAUUACAUCCAUUACAAUGUUCAGAAGCUAGGAAAUUAUACUCAAGAUGGUUUUAAGGCUAUACAUGAGCAAUUGUCAGCUACGUCCUUGAUGGCUUUCCAGAACCGCAUUGCUCUUGACAUGUUACUGGCGGUGCAGUAAAAAAAAACCCCAGUAUACUGGGUUUGCUGAUUUCUUCAGUAAAUGGAAGCCACUUUUAAUGACGAUUGCAUUGGCAGUGACAGUUUUUGUCUGCAUUCUGGCAGUGUGUGGAUGUAUUUGUGUUCCUAUCAUUCGCAGAAUAUGCACCCAGAUGAUAUCCUCUGCUAUUUCACCUAUUCAGUUAAAUGUGCAGGAACUGUACACUCUUAUUCCACAAAAUGAUGUCGGAGAAGACAGUUUUAACAUUCCUGAUCUUUUCCCCAAUCCAGGUGACUAUGAGAAGCAACCUUCCCUCUAGGUGUAACUUUUUCUUAUAUGUUUAUGAUUUUAUGAUCGAAAAUCCUCGUGAAGUGAUCAAUGAAUGAAGUUCUACGAUGAGUAAAUAGGAUAAACAGGAGGGAAAUGUUGGAAUAAAACCUGUAUUCACAUUAUACUAGCUUGCUUCAUAUUAUCCAAGUUACUUUUUCCAUGCAUAUAGCUCACAUAUCUUUUGUAUGACUCUGCAUUUCUGAACAGACCCUCAAUAACAGGAUGUCUCCUUGAAUAGUCUGUGUCUGCAUUUUCAACAUUCUGUGUCUGCAUUUUCAAGAUAUGCUUGUAGUAAAAACCGGCCUCCAUUGUAAUGGGCCACGCCUAACUCUUAAAUAAAAGGACGGAGAGCAGAGACUGUUUUCAGAGUGCGUUGGGGAUUUGUUA